GCUCGCGGCAGCAGGUGAGAGAGCAACAUUGCCUCCUCCCGGCUUUCAAAGACGCAGAGCGGCGGAGUAGCGGAGCAGAGCGUAACCAUGGGAAAGCUUCAAGAAUUCGAUAUCACUUUUACCAACAACAAGGUGGUAUACAGUCCGGGAGAGUCCAUUAGCGGAACUGUGAAAAUACGAACCGGUAAUUCGCUACAGUACAAAGCCAUCAAAGUGAACUGUCAGGGCUCAUGUGGGAUCUCCAAUAAAAUGAACGACAGCUCGUGGACUCUGGAGGAGCAGUACUUCAACAGCACACUGUCUGUUGCUGACAAAGGAACUCUGGCGGCAGGUGAACACAGUUUCCCUUUCCAGUUUGUAAUUCCAGUUGCUGCCCCGACUUCCUUUGAGGGACCCUUUGGGAAGAUUAUUUACCGAGUGAGGGCUGCUAUCGACACGCCCCGCUUCUCUAAAGACUACAAAGCCCAGAGGCCCUUUUACCUACUCAACCUGCUCAAUCUCAAUGAGGUGCCUGACAUUGAACAUCCAAGUUAUGCUGUGACCACUAAGAAGUUCAACUACCUCCUGUUGAAGACGGGGACCCUGAUGCUGAAAGCUCGCAGUGACCUGAGAGGUUACAUCCCCGGUCAGGUCAUCAAAUUAGCCACUGAGAUCCACAACAAGUCUGGGAAGGACACAGGAUAUGUACUGGCCAGUCUCAUACAGAAAGUGACCUAUAAGACAAAGCGACCUAUGUUUGACCUGCGGACCAUCGCAGAAGUGGAGGGAGCCGGGGUGAAAGCAGGAAAACACGCUGAGUGGAGAGAGCAGAUUAUCGUCCCUCCUCUUCCUCAGUCAGCACUGGCUGGCUGCAGCCUCAUAGACAUUGACUACUUUAUUCAGGUGUCACUUAAAUCUCCAGAAACGAUCGUCACUCUGCCCAUCUACAUUGGGAACAUUGCUGUGAACUUGUCUCCAUCGAGGCCCAUGCCCUCCAGUCCAUUGCACUGUGGUGCGACCAUCGUGCCCGGGGCAUCAGGUGUGACACCCAGCGCCCCACCGGCGGAGGAGGAGCCGGAGGAGGCGCUGUGUGCAGGAGGCAUGGUCAGUGAGGAGAUUCCCACCAAGAGUCACUCUCAGCAGGAUCCCUCAUGUCAGCCGGUCACCAUGUCUCCCAGCGCCUUCAGCCACGCACCCGGAGCAGCUCUUCCUCCCAGCCUCAGACAUUCCGAUGCAUCUGCACCCCUGUUCUGUGUGUCCACCGGGGCCACCAUACCUUUCUUCACAGAGGGAAACGUGACUCCUAUCCCCACUUCCUGUUCUCUCAUCCUCCCUCCAGAGUACAGCAGCUGGGACUACCCUCAUGAGCCCCCACCCACUUAUGAGGAAAGCUGCAGUAGCGUAGACUCCAGCUUCAACAGCAGACAGUAGGGGGGAAGCAGGUGAUAAAGCAUCGCGGCCACGCCCACCCAUUCCUGUCUGCACUCGCCUCACAACAAAUGAGGACUGGACCAUGGACCAUAACUCCACCCCAAAGAUUGUUUCUUUGUCCUCUAAUAUGUAAAAAAAAAGGGAUUAUAUCUUAUAUUGAAUAUAAGUUUUAAUUUCACCUCAUGUCCCACCAGGUAGUGUCAGACAGAAUGGGUGAACAUCACUGUGCCUAAAAGAAGUUUUUUGGAUCAGUGAGUGGAGUUGUUUCUUUCAGAGGGCUGGCCAAAACCCUGUUUUGUUUUGUUUGUUUCUUCAAUAGAUUUUGCAUCUGUGAUGCCUUGAAAAUAAUUUCAGCCUACACAAGGCUCAUCUUUGACAAGCUCAAACGCCUGCCCCUUAUGCAGUCUUGUUCCAAAUGUGCACUUGUUAUUGUGGUCCACUUCUGUCUGUUUGUGUUUCAGUUGUCCUUGUCAUCAGCAGGGCAGAGGUGUCCUCAUUCUGGAUACUAAAAGCAGGAAUUAUUGCCAGAGGUUGUGGUUUGUCUGGAAAGCUCAUUGAAGUCGCUGUGUAGGAUCUAUCUGUGAUUAUAUCAUCUUUAAAGUUAUUUUGAUAGUUUCAGUGGUUUGUUUGAAGAAAUAUGAAACAGUUCCAAUGGACACUGGUGUAGUCUAAGUGUGUGUACUACACUGUCCUUUUUUUUCAUAAUACCACUAGAAGUUGCCAGAAAGAAUUGAUGGAAUCCUACACAUAGUGCAUUGAAGAGUUAUACAAACUAGUCCACUCACACAAAAUCAGUGUAGUUUUGUUGAUUUUUAUGUUCUAUAAUAUUUUGUCUCUAGAUGAUUAUUAUUUAUGUUGAGAAAAUUAAAGUCAGCACGUAGAAGAGCACUGCCACUCUGUUUCUUCCUAGAUCAAGGUUGUGUAUCAUCUGUUUACCACCACCCUGUGUUGAAUAACUAAGAGGUUUUCCUUUGACGGCAGUUUUGUAUUCAGAGGAGAGUGUAUCUGCAGAUGAGGCUCAUUUUUCCUGCAGCUGGAUAUGAGGACCGCAGUGCUGACGCAGUCUUUCUCUGCCCUCGUGUGGUCGUUACUGGUACGAGCUUUAACUUAGUUUGUCCUGAAAUUGGAGCUUCACCCCGGGGACAGUUCAUCCCUAAACUGGUGCAAGUUGCAGAGUUUUGGAAAUACCUGGUUACUCAAGAUAGUCCACAGACCUUGCUGUGAGCAGAUUCAUGUAGGAACUAUGUUCUUUCUGUAUCACCGUGCAGGGGGGCGAGUGGAUCUUUUCCCUCAGAGGCCAUACAACUAAUCAUUUUGGAGUGAACUGUCCCUUUAACAUAAUCAUAAUCAGCCAUGCAAACUGAAAUACUACACUUUGUCCCUGCUUCUGAUCCAGAUGGAGUCUGCUGUGUGUAUUUACAUAUAUUGUAUUGUGUUUUUUUCUCUUCUUUGUUGCCUUAACUUUCUUUUAGUGCUAUUUUAAUGAGAUGAAAUUCCUGAUAUUUCAGUCAGUGGAGAUAAACAUACAUGUGCACAACACAGCACUUUUUAUCAUAUGAGCGUGUGGAUUUCUGAAUGUGUGUUUGUGUGUGUGGGUGGGUGUGUAAAAUAGAGCUCAUUUGGAUGCUGAAGGUCACCUGAGUUCUGUUUUCACUUGUAAAUUGUUUCCGAGUGAGCGUCCGUGUGUCUCUUCCUGUGUCCAAGUGCUGGGUGAUAAUUUCAUUUUUGAUUUCCGACAUAUCACAUCAUGAUGUGAUGAGUUCAACCAUAUCAUCCAGCCGUACUGUGUACUUCUUUGUGGGGAAACUAACACCACUGAAAAUCUUAAGCACAAUUGCUAUAUUGAAAGUUUGUGUGACUAAUUCAUUCUGUGAAUUCAGAAAAAAAAAAACUUUGCGGGUUGGCCCCUGACUGCAUAUCAUGUUGCCGCACAGGUUGUAUUGUACUGUUUUGCAGAUGUUAUUUUUCAGCUCUGAAAUUUCCACAGACAAACUGCUGUUGCUGUUAGAAACCUGACAGUCAUCCAAACCAUGGCUAUCCUGGCUCUACAUUAUUACGAAUGCAUGCCUUAAACAAUCUGGAUCCCCGCCACCCUUCCCGGGAACUUCUAAUCGACAUUCUCCUUCUCUGUCAGGGAGGACAUCAGGAUGUGCUCAUGCAGCGCUUCCUGUUUUGUCUCCUGUGGACUGUGCUAAGUGCACUUGAUGUAUCCAAAUGUAGCUUUUAAAAUCAGCUUGGACACUGGACCUGUUCACUUUGUUAACUUUGCUUUUACUCUUGUUUUUGAAAAAAAAAAUGUGCAAUUUCUCUCAUCUCCACAAACGCUGCAGCAGCAGCUUCCUGAAGUCAUGUGACGCUGCCUUUAUCAACCCUGGAUUCUUUUCCAUGGAAAGGUACUAUAGCUUUAUGAAGCCCCACUUGUUCUGUGUUAUUUUUUCAUUCUUCUCCUUUCACAUAUUGGUGAAUGGUGUCUGGUUUUGUAUUUUUAUACUUGUAAACUGUUUACAGGUGCAGUAUGCAGAUACUUGUAGCACCUCAAUCAGUAAAUGUAAUAUUUCAAUGUACAGUGCAGAAUCAAAGUUGUACUGUACAGCAUUACAAUAAAAUUAUAUGACAUGUU